GCAGUAAUUAGCACCACCUGCAGCAGCUAAGCACGCUUCAGUAACAUGCAGAUUACCUGAUCCUCUCAGCUGUGGUGUGGUUCCCAGUGCUGGGGCUGAGACAGGCGAGAAACAGUAACUUCAUUGCUUUGACGAGCUAACUUCUCAUGUAAACACGUGUGGAGCAGUUUCUUCCUUUGACGAAGUUGAUGAGUUAAAGACGGCACAGAGUGAAUGUUGAAGCUGUGAACAUGAGCCACGUUAACGGGGAGAAGUGAGGAACGCUCCGUGGGUUAAGAUUUUCAGCCGUUAAACAGUGCGAGGAUGGCGUACAGCAACAGGGAUGCCGGUGAGAGCACCCCUCUUUUGGACUCCGAUGCUGGGAGCAGACCUCCACCACCGCCGCCAUCCGUUUUCCAGGGGAGGAGGCUGGCAUGUGCAGCCAUCCUGCUGGCCGAGUCGCUGGAGCGGAUUGCGUUCUACGGCAUCACGUCCAACCUUGUGCUUUUUCUCAACGGCAGCCCUUUCUAUUGGGAGGGCACCCAGGCCAGCCAGGCGCCUCUGAUGUUCAUGGGAGUCACCUACCUGAUUUCGCCGUUCGGAGGCUGGCUGGCGGACGCUUACCUCGGGAAGUUCUGGACGAUCGCUUUCAGUUUGAUCUUGUAUAUUAUGGGCAUGCUGUUUUUCCCUUUCAUAUCUAACGAAGACACCAGGAUAGAAUUAUGCGGAGAAGAGAUGGCGUUUCCUGUGCAGCCUAUCGAGUGUACAAACGGUACCCCACCAAGCAACGUAACGUGCCCCAUCCGUGCCCCAUAUUGUGGCGCAGUAGUCUACAGUGGACUUUUUCUAAUUGCAGUAGGUGUGGGUACCGUGAAGUCCAACAUCACUCCCUUUGGGGCAGACCAGGUCAAAGAUAGAGGGCCAGAGGCCACCCGCAGAUUCUUCAACUGGUUCUACUGGUGCAUCAACUUAGGAGCCAUCAUGUCUCUCGGAUUUGUCGCCUACAUCCAGCAGAACUACAGCUUCGAACUUGGCUACAUCAUUCCCACCGUGUGCCUCGGGGUCUCCUUCCUGGUCUUCAUCCUGGGCCGCACCGUCUUCAUCAAUAAGCCUGCCGAUGGCAGCGCCUUCACGGAUAUGUUCAGGAUCCUGGGUUUUGCCUGCUGCUCCCAGAAACCAAAGGAGACUAACUUAAUCCGCAACAAACCAACACUACUAGACAGUGCCAAAGUGACCUACGGAGGAAAAUUUCCAGAAGAGAAAGUAGACGAGGUGAAAUCUCUGGUGAAAAUCCUCCCCGUUUUCUUCGCCCUCAUCCCGUACUGGACCGUGUACUUCCAGAUGCAGACAACCUACAUCCUGCAGAGCCUCCAUCUGAAGAUCCCUGGUAGUCCUCCGAACAACACUGCCGGCUUCCACCAGAUGACGUUCCGUUUCCCAGCCGCCUGGCUCACCAUGUUCGACGCAGUGCUCAUCCUUAUGCUGAUUCCCCUUAAGGACAAAGUGGUGGACCCCAUCCUGAAACGCCGCGGCCUGCUGCCUUCCUCUCUGAAGAGGAUCGCGGUGGGGAUGUUCUUUGUCAUGUGGUCGGCGGUGGCGGCAGGUAUCUUGGAGACGAAGCGCCUGGAGAUCGUCAAGUCAAAUGGUACCAUUGACCAGGUGCUUGGCAACGUUAUCUACUACGCAGCAGAUUUACCCAUAUGGUGGCAAGUGCCUCAGUACGUGCUGAUAGGAAUCAGCGAAAUCUUUGCCAGCAUUGCAGGUCUGGAGUUUGCCUACUCAGCAGCCCCCAAGUCCAUGCAGAGUGCCAUCAUGGGGCUCUUCUUUUUCUUCUCUGGGAUCGGCUCCUUCGUGGGCUCCGGUUUGUUGGCUCUGGUCUCCAUCAAGGAGAUUGGCUGGAUGUCCUCCCACAAAGACUUUGGUAAUAUCAACGACUGCUCUCUGCACUACUACUUCUUCCUCCUGGCGGGGAUCCAGGGCGUCACCUUGCUGGUCUUCCUUCCUAUCUCUGUUAAGUAUGACAAGCAGAGGAGCAGAGCGGGAAGCCAAAGGCAGAGAACCACGUCCUCUUGACCCACACAAAUGUCCCUGUAUUCCCCUCACCAUGCCUGCCUUCUCCAGAGCCCAAAGACCCUCAUACAUACUAAUGAAAUCCUAAAGUUCGGUUUACCUCUUUAAGAAGAAGUCACAAAUAAUCCUGUCAUGACUAUAUAUAUAUUUCUUAUUUAUGUUUAGGUUUUAAGUGGGGACUCUUUGUUUUUUUUAAAUAAUAAUAAUGGUUUUACGUCACUGAAUGAAUGCACAGGCGAAAGUCUAGCGAUGAAUGCAGGAGCCACGUUUGAAUCCUUUCUGCUGUGCUCCCUCACUCCUGUGUUUACUCUUGUUGCCUUUCUUUGAUCGUUUGCACUUGACUUGAGGAGUGGUGCCAUUAAAAACAAAACAACAACAUCUAGAUAUUUUCUAAUCACGAAGAGUACGCUGUUGUUUUUAUAGUUAGAGUUUUACUUUCUGUUUUCUAACAAAGUCUUAUUUUUGUACUAACCCUUUUACUGACCACGAUAUCGUCAAACUGGCUGUUUAAAGGUCCCAUGUUUUACAUUUUUGAGGCGUUAUAUGUGAAGAAGAAAACAUAUUUGUGUUUUUUUUAAGCACCAAAAACUCCCAAUAUAGUUUCUCUCUUGAGCUCUAGCAAGAACAGGUUGUUCCGUCUCGUUAAUAUUAAUGAACCUCUCUUCUGAUUGGCUGAUUUGUGAGUGAUGCCCGACCAGGCCAACCACAGGUACAGUGAGCCGAAAGUACAGUUGUGACCUCACAGCCUCGCAUAAGUCCUGACGGCUCGUUUAAAGGCACAGUUUACAGUAUUCAUACGUCACUAUAAUCAAAUAGAAAUGUGAAUCUCACUUUCUACAAUAUGGGACCUUUAAAUGGUUUCUAGACAAGCUAAAAUCGGGGUAUUUGUGCAUUAAAUGUACUUGAAUAUAAGCAUUAUUUCUUGAUUUCAGUAUCUAUGCAGUAACAUAGUUGUGAUCACAGUGAAUGGGACGUUUGUUAGACUGCAGUGUGGCAUUGCUGUAAGUGUGGAGACAGAAUGGGGCUUUUGUUUGAGGACUUAAUCUUUCAUUCAAAUCUAAUAUUUGGAGAAAAACAUUUCCAACAUUUGUUUCCGCUGCUGCGCGUAAAUACAUACUGUAAAUCCACACAAAUCCUCAAACAGAGCCAUACAUGAAUAAUGUUAACUCCUCAUGUUAAAAAUACUCUGACUCCCGCAAAGCUGUUUUUUUGUUGUUGUUUUUUUUAAAUUCUGGUCAAGCUGCAAAACCGUAUGUCGGUAUGACAAACCACUAAUUAGAAACUAACCUCGUGCCUAACGAGCAAACCUUGAGCGUAGCUCUUAAAAUAUCCGCUGCAGAAAUACUUCAGGAUCAGGGUGAGAAAUACAAACAAAUUAAAAAAUAUAACCCUUUCACACUGACAUCAUAUUUAGAUUUUGAAUUUCAUACAGCAGAAAUAAAUCACAACUUUCUAAGUAUUUGUUGUCAGAAAACUUUCUGCAGUGUUAUCGCGGCUUUGCAGCUUUGCCAGAAAAUGUUUAGCUGUAUUUAUUAGACUGUGAUGCAUUUGUUUUAGCUUCAUUCUCUCAAGAAAAAUGCCUCUUUGUGUGAGUGAGUGUGUUUCUUUGAUUUGUCAGAACAGGUACAGCACAAGGUACUGAAUUUUAUCAGAGGAAGAAAACUCAGGGCUUGGGCAAUAGUGUCGAGUGACAUAACUCUCCAGGAAAAUGUAAAACUACCUUUCAGAGCUCCGAACAGUUUUUCUCCAGUGGUGCAAAGUUAAAUCUGUCAGAGCACGUGAAGAAGCAAGAAGCUCAGUACGGAAAGUAUGUGGCGCCCGGUUUGUUUGUUAUUUUCGUUUGUGUUUAAUUGGUCGGAUAAAGAGUUGUUCCUUCAUUUUAUUGCAUAUUUUAUACACUGUGUGCUUGCUUUGACAUCUCAGUCAGAUUUAUUUUGUUUAUUUUGGAACUAUAUUCUGUUUUCAUAAUGCUGCAGAACUGGAAUAUUGUUUCGUGGUGAUAUUUGUGGCCAUUAAAGGAUAUUAAACUGA